GGUAUAGAAUAUCAGUCUGGUGGCCUAACUCAAGCUAAAUAUGAAAACUUUCUGUCCAACGAAGUUCUUAGGCUGGAAUACUUGAAUCAAACAUUUAAUUUUGUUCCGCCAAUGAGGAAAAAAUAUGCAAUGUUGAUUGAAGGAAACCCCUUUCCUUCUAUUCAGGAAGAUAUUGGAAACAAGAAAAAACUAGACCGGGAUCUGCAAAGUGUCAUAAAAUAUUUUGGGCACUUUCUUCAGUACACAGACUCUUUAAGAAUUUUAAUACAAGCUGUUGCUGAAGACAUUAUUGAACUUGUAAAUAAAACUUCAAACAGUGUUCAAGCUGAGAAAAGAGAACCUUUAACUCUGAUAAUUCUUCUCCUUCUCUUUAUCCCGAUAUGUAUCUGGGUCACACUCAACAGUACUGGAAGCAUGAUGAGAUACUCUAGAUUGUACAAUGAAAGGGUUGAAGUUUAUAACUCUGAGAAAAAGAAAACAGAUAAGCUAUUGAGCUCUCUGCUGCCCAGAUCUAUUAUCCGUCAGAUGAAGCGUGGGGUUGUUCCUCAACCUAAACUGUAUAUCAGGGACCAGAUUUAAUAAGUCGGAGAGAGGUCGCUGAACUACCAACCAUGCCGGUUAAACU